AUGUUUUGCCACCAAUGCAUGCUUGACACUCAUGUUUAUCACCCUUUGCAUAGGAUCGAAAUGUGGAAUGGGACCUUUUUCCAACACACUACACUCAAAAAGCUUGGACUUCGCAUACAACUCAGUCAUACCCAAGGAGAAAGGUGUUAUAACCCCCAUCCCUCUGCUGGUGAUGACUUCAUCGUCAUCAGUGUUCACGGUGUUCAUGAGGUUGCAUUGGAAUUUUGUGGCUGCACUUCAGCCCAGUGGUACCCAGCAACCAUCUCAGAGCCUCACACAGCAGCAACCUUCAGGGUUCUGCAACAUUUCCACCUUUUGUCCUUUGAGAGUAAGGUGUCUACAUACGAAUUCUAUCACUCACUUACAAAGUAUUCCGACAAUACAAGCUUAUCAGCCAUAAAGGACCGCUACUCCACCUUUAUGCGCAUGGUGCAUGAAUGGCAGAACCUCAAACAACUUCGCCGUGUGGGAAGGGGUCAUGACCCCGCUGGUGUGAGUGCUACAGCCGAAGGAGAACUCACCAUACUAUGCCCCGCAUGCCCACAGCCAGGAAAAAACCUACCGCCUAACUGGGAGAAAGAACCACUUUUCAUUAGGUGGAAAUAUGCAUUAUUUGUGGCUAUCGAUGCCAAUUUUAGACUCAAGCGCAAGGCAGUGUCCUCCAAUAUUGCCAACCCUAGCCUUAACACUGGAGGGGCAUAUUUUGUAGAAGAGAGAGCCUACAAGUCAUACCUCGCGGAUCAUUCGGGAGACAAACAAGAGCGCAGCAUGUGUGUUAGCCACAACGUGGUCAACAUGGCGGAUACCAAGUCCUCUCAUGGGCUUGCAGCCACUGGCGUCGGGACCAUUGACUAUGCAAGGCAUGAAAUGAAGCUUGCAAACAGCAUUGGAGACCUUCAAAGAGAGGAAUGGUACAUUAAUAUGGACUAUAUCAUGUUUUCUGCACUGCUCACAUUCACUGCAUCCAUAGUUAACAUAUCUUACGACAUCGCCUGCCAGUGGCACAAGAAACUCUGGACUCGGAUGGAAACAAUCCCAAAACGGCUGCAUCCCCCCUGUGACUCCAUCAUUAUUCGAUACUUUGUUCCAAAGUUCCACAUCCAAGCACAUGUUAACAAAUGCUGCACGAACUUUUCUUUCAACUGCACAAGAGAGAUGGGUCCAGGAACCCGUCGAGAUACUCUUGAUGAUCAUUUUGGCGACUGGAAUUGGAAAAAAAUCACGGCAUUAGGUGAGCGGUUCUCUUCUGUCAAAUGGACCAAGGAGCAUUCUGAAGCACUCACAGAAGCAUGGGAGGCAGACAAUUCUUCUCCCAAUCCCUUUGAAAGCCAGUUCACUCAUAAGUUGCACUGCACUUCCUUCCUUUUGGUAACACAGGCAGCCAUGUGUCUGCACUUCACUGAGCUCAAUGCCCAAGAACUUCAAACUGGAGUCCAUCUCUCGCUUCAUGCUGACAUUUUACUGAGUGGGUUGAUAACUUCAGGCAUGGAUCUCGAAGACCAGCAAGCAUGCCUGAAAUCAGAACUCGCCAAUGUCUCUCUCCAUGCCACUGACAAGCAGAAGGCAACAACGCAGACUCAGAUCACCUCUCUCCAGCGACGUCUUGACGCCUGGGCUCACAUUCAAGAGCUGUACAUGCCAGUUGUUUCUCAACUUCGUCAUCGAUCAUCUGAAGCCAGCAGGACCAUGCAUGAGCUGAAGCCCGAAGAUUUCAACCUCUGGUUCCCUUCUCAGCUCCCGAUCCACGUGCCCUGUGACAAGAAGCUUGUUGAGUACGAAUGGGAAUUACACUAUGCACAAGCCCUCGACGCCCUCAAUGAACUUCACUCACACCUUCGACUUCGCUCGCAUAUGUAUAUGUACAAGGAUAAAAACAUCCAUGGUCAAGUGGCUAACACCCAUGCAAACCAAAUAAUCGAGGCUGUGGAAUCAAGGAAAUGUGCAUGCAACACACUGUUAUCUCUCAGCUGCCACCUUCAGAAGUCUAAUUGGGAGGCUGUCAUGCGUCCGCUUCUAGAUUCCGAUGUCAAACCCAUGGGUGAUAUGGAGCAACAAGGGACAGGAAGAAUCUAUUGGAUUUGGUUAGACUCCCAUGCUGACAACAGCUGCAUGGAGGACAAACACGUGCAAGACUGUGUUUGUUUGGAAUGGUGUAAGGCUCACGCAUGUGCACACCGUUGGUCAGAAGAGGUAGAGCUGUUGUUAGAAGAGAUGAGACGGGUCCUGGCAUUUCUGACAUGGCAGGCAGAGUGGUGGAAGGAGCGAAGCUCUCUCCGAAUGCUCGACUCACCAUCCACACAAGAAGGGCUCAUGGCAUAUGCAUGUUGCCAGUCAGCACUGCGCUUGUCACUGGUGAGCUCAUUUCAGGAGCUGUGGAGCGGGAGAGCGAGGCAGCAGGCCCAGCUCCUACUAUUGAUGCUCCUCCACAUGUUGUAUAAUUAG